AUGAUAGCCGCAGCCGAUGAGAUAAUAACAACAACAACAACAACAACAACCAAUAUAAUAACAGCAGAAGAAGAAGAAGAAGAAGAAGAAGAACAAGAAGAAGUAACAAUAACAUCAGUAGAAGAACCAUUAAGCACUGUAGGCACAUCAACAACAAUUGCAUCAACUGCAGCAACAAAUACAUCAGAUAUCAAUAGAGACGAGUCGUUAUUGAACCAACAAGAGGAAGAAGCACAACAAUCUUCGCCACGUACAACCUUGGCCCAAGACGAUAGCACCACCACCACCACCACCACCACAUUAACUAGACCAUCGACCACAACCACAACCACAACCACCACAACCAAUUUACGUUUAUCAGUAUCAUCAACAUCGUCAUCUGAUGCUUCAGCAGUGCUAAAGAAGAACCAGCAACAACAACAACAACAACAACCUCUACCAAUUAUUGAUCAUCCACUUUUGAUCAAAGAAUCUUCAAUAUCAUCACUGGCUUCAUCUAGUGCUACUAUUCCAACGACGACGACGACGACGACAACAACAACAAUAACAUUAGAAGGAGAAAGAUUAUUGUGUAGAAAACAUAGAUUGGCAUUUAUUCAAACUCAAUUGGGUGGAGGUAUUCCAAACGACAUGUCAUUGGAACAACUUUUAAACGAAGAAAAUACUGAUAGUGGUAUGGGAUAUAAGCAUCCUGGACCACAAGGAUUCCUUUUCUACACUGAUGCAAAUCAUGAAGAACAACAACAACAACAACUACCUUUAUUCAAGAUACCUACAACCAAUCAGCCAUCAUCAACAACAACAUCUUCACACAUUAAAUCAUCAAGCAAGACAUCAUCUGGUAAUCUAAAAACAAGCACAUCAGUGGCAAAUAUAACACCUAGAGGAGGUAGUGGUGGCGGAUUGCCAUCCUCUUCAUCGACACUCAAAGAAGAUACCAAACGAAAGAGUCUUAGAAUGAGUAGAAUGCAAAAGAAUGAAGAAGAUAGAAGAAAACGAAAGGAACAAAAGAGAGCUCGUGCACGAGAAAAGCCAAUCUAUGUCUCAAAUGUUGACGAGUUGCCACCAGAAUGCAUAAAGAUGAUUAGAAAGAGUAGAAUUCCCGAUGAAAAGAUAAGAGAACAUUUUGAAAUACUCUUGCCCAUCCUCAGAUUUAGAACUGGUUUUAAUUUGAAAUCUACAAACCCAACACCAAAACCAAAGCCAACUUCUAACUUGGCAGAGGUACAACCCUCACCCAUUUCACCAGAAGUUGCAACCUCUACAACAACAACUACAACUACAACGACAACUCAAGGAUUAGAACAAAAUGGUCAUCGUAAAUCAUUGAGUGGUGGAAGAGGAGGUUCAUUAUCAUAUAAUCUUGGACAAAAUAAUGAUCUUCAAGAGGAUUCAGAUGGAGACGGAUCUCGUUUGGAACAAUCAAUUGUACCCAAGGGAACAACAGAUCUUUUUGAAAAGGGAGAUGUAAAGAAAUUGUACAAGAAUCUCAAACAAAUAGGCAGUGGUGGCUUUGGUAGUGUAUAUUUGGCAAAGUCUACGGUGGACAAGUGCGAGAUUGCCAUUAAAAAGAUUGCACAUGCAACACCAAAGGCACAGAGAACCAAUCUCAAUGAAAUAGGAUAUUUACAUUAUUGCAAUCAUCCAAACAUUGUUCGUUAUCUUCGUAGUCAUCUCGUUGAUGACCAAGUAUGGAUUGCAAUGGAGUAUAUGCAAGGAGGCACAUUGACAGAGGCUUGUUCCAAUCAUUCAUUCAAUGAAAGUUGUAUAGCUUAUGUUGCCAAGGGAAUGUUGGAAGGACUCAUCUAUCUUCACGAAAACGAUUUGGUUCAUCGUGACAUUAAAUCGGGCAACAUUAUGAUGACAAUUGACGGUAAAAUUAAAAUAGUAGACUUUGGUCUGUGCGUAGAUACCACUCAACGCAGAUUGACUCAUAUGGCAGGUUCUCCUUUUUGGAUGUCUCCUGAAAUGAUCAGAGGUGAAGGCUAUAGUUGUCCUUCUGAUAUAUGGAGUUUUGCAAUUUGUUUAUUAGAGUUGGCAAAUGGUGAACCACCUAAUCGUAAAUCAUCCUUAAACGCAAUGUUUACAAUCGCAACUCAAGGUUGUUCUGGAUUGGAUAGACCAGAAAAAUGGUCAGAAGGUUUUAGAAACUUUUUAUCUUUAUGUUUGGAGGUUGAGCCUUCCAAGAGAUCAACUGCUCAACAAUUAUUAUCUGUAUCAUCCUUGGCUAGCAAUAUCAGAGAACCCAGAAACAAUGAAAAAGAUCUUAGCGCAAAUCUUUAUAGCAAAUGUGAUGAAUCAUUUGGAAUAUCCUCUGGAACCUAA